AUGCUGUCACUGCUGUACUCGCCUUAUACACUGAGUUGCAGCUUUUCUGGUUGCAGUCACACCAAGAUAGUGGAUGUCCCCUGCUCUGAACCACAUGGUGUAAGCCCAUCUCAGAGGGCACACUGUGGCUCCACGGAACAACUCAUGCUGCGGCUCAAUUACAUUUUCAGGCGCUUCUGGCCGACACUCCAGGAGCGUGAGCACACCAAACUGCCAGUAGCACAAGACAGAGAUGAGAGAAGCAAGUCACUGGAGGUGGAGCAGCCCAAACAACGCACUCUACAUAUGACUGUUCCAAUUCAGUCUCUUGCCAGCCUAUUUGGGCUGAGGGCAACUCAAGGCCUGGCUCCCACACAUCGACCGCUCAGACGGAAGCGUACCCGCACCAAGCGGCGACCAUCACCUCGGCUUUCCGACCACCCAAGGAAGGGGAUAGUCAUGGUAUUAUGGAGCAUAAAGGUGAAUAAAGACUACUUUAAGAUUUUAGAUUUGACAAAUUAUUCUGACAACAGUGUGACAGAGUUUAUCAUUUCUGGAUUUCCAAGGCUUCAAAGAUUUUCACUUUUACUCUUUUUCAUAUUUAUGGUUAUUUAUCUUUUCACAAUAACUGGCAAUGGCGUCAUAUUCUUCCUUAUUAAUCUGGACCGAAAGUUACAGACCCCUAUGUAUUUUUUUGUCAGCAAUUUAUCUUUCUUGGACAUGAGUUACACCUCAGUUACCAUACCCAAGAUGUUAGUUAAAUUCUCGAUCGGCUUUGAAAUUAUUUCCUUCACCACUUGUUUCACACAGAUGUAUUUAUCUGUUUCUCUUGGGGCUGUUGAAUGCCUACUUCUUUCUGUGAUGGCCUAUGAUCGUUAUAUAGCUAUCUGUAACCCACUUCAUUAUCAUAUUACCAUGACCAGACAAUUAUGUAUCUUACUUGCUCUUGUAGCAUGGAUUGGAGGAUUUGCAUGUCCUGUGACUAUGUUAGUCUUAGCUCUGAGGUUGCCUUUUUGUGGCCCAAAUGUUAUCCACCACUACUAUUGUGAUCAUCCACCAAUACUCCAACUGGCUUGCGCAGACACUUCCUUAAACGUGAUGGUGGGUUCCUCACUUAGUGCUUUAGUACUUUCAAUAUGUUUCACUCUAGUUGUUGUGUCAUACAUUAAAAUUAUCACUGCUGUCCUCAAAAUAUCCUCUAGUAGUGGACGUUUCAAGGCCUUUUCCACAUGUGGAUCCCACUUUGCAGUGGUCAACAUCUUUUUCCUACCUCUAAUCUUCAUGUACGUACGUCCAACUCCAUCGUAUUCUUCUGAUGUGGACUCACUUGUAGCCAUGUUUUACACAGUAUUAACACCCAUGAUGAACCCUGUAAUAUACAGUUUGAGAAACAAGGAUAUAAAAUAUGCUUUCAGAAACACAAUGAAAUGUUAA